AUGGCAAAAAUAUUCUUGACUGGUGUAACUGGCUAUGUCGGUGGCAGCAUCUUUGUCAGGCUGUACGAGCAAUAUCCAGAAUAUAAACUCACUGUACUUCUGCGGAAGACACCAGACGCCUUCGCCUCCAAAUUUCCCGGCGUUAAAAUCGUUAAUGGCGCAUGGGAGACACCAGCUGUUCUCGAAGACGCUGCUUCAGAGGUCGACAUUGUUGUCCAUUGUGGUGAUUCCGACCAUCUUGGCGCCGUGACUGCGCUCCUUAAUGGAUUGAUUAAGCAAAACCGAAAAGUGUUCUACAUCCAUUUGUCUGGUACUGGGACGCUCUCCGACUACCAAGACACCGAUCAAUUCCGUGGAAAAUUGAAUCCAAAGACCUAUUCGGAUAUCCAUGAUAUUGAUGAGAUCACAUCUCGUCCUAUGGAAAGGCUUCACAGGGUUACAGAUAGUGCAAUCCAGGCCAUCGGCGAGCAUUAUAAGGAUACCGUCAAGACGGCUAUCGUUGCACCACCUAGCAUCUACGGCAAAGGAUGGGGCCCUGGUCGGACUGACUCCUUCUACAUCCCUCUUUUUGUCCCGGAGGUUCGAAAGCACGGUUUUACGAUGUAUUGCAAUGAAGGUUCGAACCGCAAAGGCUGGACGCACAUCGAGGAUUUGGUGGAUGUGUACCAAUUGUUGAUUGCGAGUGCCGUUGCGGGUGGAGAAGGUGUGACCUGGGGGAAAAAUGGAUACUUCCUUACAUCAACUCAAGAAGCCACCCAGAAAGAGCUCGCUACAGCAGUCGGCAAGGUGUUGCACGAGAAGAAUAUCCUCCCAUCGCCUGAGCCGAAGCAAGUCGAUGAGGGUUUUGUCAGCAAGACAUUAGCCCAGUUUUUUGUGCCUAACUUCGGCUAUUACAUGCUGGCAAGCAACUCCCGUGGUGUUCCCGAGCGUGCGAAGAAAGAGCUGGGCUGGGGAGGUGGGCGUGCGCCGCCGCUUUGGGAGGUCCUCCCGGACGACGUGGAGGCCUUUUUGAACAGACCGGAUGAGAAUUUUCGAUAG